UAAUUUAGUAUUUUUGUGUUAAUCUUUAUAUUUUUUAUAAUAUGUUUUACUAAUAAAGCUUUGUACAUGUAGUAUUGUUAAUAUAAAAAGGCUAUUUUAGUUGCAUUUGAGAUCUAUAAGAAAGUUAUUUAACUGACCUGCAUUUUCACCAGCUCUAAAUUUAUUCUUUAGAAAAUACUUCAAACGUGACACUAAGGUGCAAAACACACCCACGUGCACGCACACACACGGAUGCACGGAGACAAACACACGACACACACACAUUGUUUAAAUUAUUCUGUCCCCUUCCACACUAACCCUCACAAUACACAUUAAGCAUAUUUUAUUUUAAAGUAAAAUUCCAUUUAGUAUGUUUACUGAGUGGAUAGUCCUUGUACAGAACUUUUACAAGUACACACAGCUUAUUUUCAACAAUGUUUUAUUUACAGUGUCUUGUUAAAAUUGACAUUUUUAAUUGAACACUUACCCUUUUCUCAAUCCUCUCUUUUCUCAUCUUCUUUCCUCUUCUUCCUCUUCUUGGCACCAGACUGAUAGUGCCACCUUUUCCUUCUUAAUCUUUGCACAGUUUAAAACUAACGCACAUGAUGAAUGACACUGACACAACGAGCAAGUAAAUUACAUUUUCACGCACGGCAGAGGCCCCUAGUGGCCUCGGAGGCCCCAUGCAACUGCCAGAAUCGCUUAUUAGGUACAAAACAGGUGUGCACUGUAUUCAACCUGUCAGUCUGGCUAUUUCAGAUGGAAAUUGUGCAGUACUAGAGAGUUAAGAGAUGCUGCUCACAAACAAGAUCAUUUUGGCGUCUUGGCCUGCAAACCACACACUUUUAGAUAUGCAUACUCAGAAAAAAAUGAUAAAUAAUGUAAUGAUGUGUGCACACACAUACCAGAAGGUAGUGGCUUAUAUUAUGUUUAGUGUCAAUGCAAGAUAGAAGGUGAGGAAGAUCUGUGUGAGAAAAUUAAUUUUGUUGUUAAUUAUAUGAUUUUAUUUUCAUGGUUAUUCUUUUAAGAUUAUACUUUAGUGCUGUAGUAUAAUUUUGCUGCCGCUGCUUUGUAGGCUUCUCAUUAAAUAGGUAUUUUUUAUGUAACGAAAAAUCGCUCUUUAUUACUCGCGGGAAAAGUUCGUUAUUUUCGCGUGAAUGACGCGAUCUGACAAAUAUUUUCAAACUUUGAGGAAGACGUGCGGCCCGAUUCGCAUCAUUCGCAUCGCCUGCCGCAAGUUUGCAUCUAUUCGCGUCUUUGCAUUUUGUCUGUAAUUCACACGCGCAAAACAUUUAAUUCACGUUUGGUGUUAACCCAGUGUUAGAGCAUACAAGUAUUUGAACCUCAAAAUUAAAUAAUAAAUGUGGGGGUAAACUACAAAAAGGUUCACUUUUUGAGGAAAAGAACUGCCCCUCCACAAGGCUGGCUACUGUAUAUUUAUUUCCAUCAAUUGAGCCUCCUUAAUCUUAGACACUGGUCAAUUAAAGCAGUAUAGUGGAUAUAUACUCUAGGCUAUGCUGUAUCGUAAAUAAGUUAAAAGGCUUCGUUAUUAUUUAUUACUACUGUUUAUUUAUAUCAAUAAUUAGGUAUUUAUUAAUGUAUAGAUGUAUAGAUUUGACUUGAACAUACGGUAGAGCAGAAAUAUUCAGUCACCAUUGUUUCUGCUUUUGUUGGUUGGAUUGAUGUGCUCACAGUGUUAGUCAUCAGUCCAGUUGUGUAACGUUAAUGUGGAGUUUUGCCAGGUCAGGUCAUAAACAAAGAUGCUGAGUUCAGUUGUUUGAGGAGCACAGUGGUUGGAUGGACUGUCGCUGUAGAACAACACAGCAAAGCGGAGGUGGACUGGAUGUUUGGGAGUAAUGCUUUGCUGGCUGUAUCCUGAAGAAACUAGGAUUUGUCUAUAAUUUAGAAUAAUAAAUUGAUGGUUAAAGGUUAUAAUCCCUACUGUAGUAUCUGGAUAAGAGAAGUGCUCUGUCUAAUCUUCUAAUGUCCCAUUGGCUGAGAAACUGACCCGUGUGGGCAGCAUCUGCCAUCAUCCCCCCACCAUCACCUUCUCUACAAAACUCUCAGGAAUUACAUCACAAUCCCACAAUGCUUUGCUGAGCAUGCUGCAGUGAGUUAGCAUUUAGAGAGUUGGAGAGGAAGGACUAAGAGUUGACAAAAGAGGUGCUGGCUGAGACAGUGUUAGGAUGGCCACUGAAGCUUCUACCCUCCCCAGCCCUAUGGUACGUCAGAUCGACAAACAAUUCUUGAUUUGCAGCAUCUGUCUGGAUAGGUACAACAACCCCAAAGUCCUCCCCUGUCUUCACACCUUCUGUGAAAGGUGUCUACAGAACUACAUACCCGCCCACAGUUUGACUCUGUCCUGCCCGGUGUGCCGUCAGACCUCCAUCCUGCCGGAGAAGGGUGUGGCGGCACUCCAGAGCAACUUCUACAUUACCAACUUGAUGGAGGUGCUUAAGAGAAGCUCAGACACUAACCUAGGCGAGGACUGCACAGAGACUAUCAACAUAGUGACCACUGGACAACUACUUUCUUGUCCCAAUCAUGGAGGAAAUGUAAUGGAGUUCUACUGUCCACCAUGUGAGACAGCCAUGUGUGAGGAGUGCACCUGUGGAGAACAUGCAAAACAUGCUACGGUCCCACUCAAAGAUGUUCUCGAACAACACAAGGCCUCCCUACAGGAGCAGCUGAAUUCUGUCAAAAACAGACUUCCAGAAAUUGACUCUGCGCUUCAGGUUUUGUCCGAGAUUCUGCAGCAGCUGACCAACCAGAAAAGUUCAAUAGAAGAAGUAAUUCACGCUACUUUUGAAGAACUUCAGAAGACCCUCAACAUUCGCAAGAGUGUUCUUCUAAUGGAGCUUGAGGUCAACUAUGGACUCAAACAGAAGGUGUUGCAGAUGCAGUUGGAGUCAUUGCUGCAGGGUCAGGAGAGCAUGAUCAGCAGCUGCAGUUUUACAGAGCAGGCUCUUAACCAUGGCUCUGAAGCUGAAGUCCUGUUAGUGAAGAAGCAGAUGAGCGAGCGUCUUGAUGAGCUGGCUAAUCAGGUGCUCCCACUUCAGCCAGAAGAGAACAACCAGCUGGACUUCUUGGUAGAGACCGAAGGGCUUCGUAAAUCCAUCCACAACCUUGGUGCUAUAGUAACCACCAAUGCUAUUGCUGCUGAAACAAUUGCCACCGGUGAUGGAUUGAGACACUGUGUUGUCGGGCAGCCCACCUCUGUUACCAUAACGACGAAAGACAAAGAUGGCAGCCUGUGUCGGGCAGGAAAUGCUUUGCUCACAGCUAACCUUUCUGCUACUGAUGGGCCCAUAGUGGUAGCAGGUGAAGUCAUUGAUCAUAAAAAUGGCACUUAUGAGUUUGUAUACGUGGUACCCUGUGAGGGGCGCUUCACCCUCUCCUUGAAUUUGUACGAUCAGCACAUUAGAGGUAGUCCAUUCAGCAUACGUGCCAACAAAUCGGCAGACAUUUCUGCAUCUGAAGACGGAGACAAGAGACGCCUCAAAUCUCCAGGAAGCAGCCAUGUGAAACAGCGAGCCAUCAAGCGGCCUGCCAGCAUGUAUAGUAGCUGCAAACGGAAAGAAAACCCAAUUGAAGAUGACCUCAUGUUCAGGAUCGGAACAAAAGGCAGAAAUAAGGGUGAAUUUACUAAUCUGCAGGGAGUGGCUGCUUUUGCUGGAAAGGUCUUAAUAGCGGAUAGUAACAAUCAGUGUGUUCAGAUAUUUUCAAAUGAUGGGCACUUUAAGAGUCGCUUUGGAGUGAGAGGCCGAUCCCCAGGACAGCUUCAACGGCCCACUGGUGCUGCUGUGCACCCCAAUGGUGAAAUCAUAAUUGCUGACUAUGAUAACAAAUGGGUCAGUAUGUUCUCCAGUGAUGGGAAGUAUAAGACUAAAAUUGGCUCAGGGAAGCUGAUGGGUCCAAAGGGUGUAUCAGUAGACAGAAAUGGUCACAUUAUUGUGGUUGACAAUAAGGCUUGCUGCGUCUUAAUUUUUCAAGCUAAUGGAAAACUUGUCUCCAAAUUUGGCAACAGAGGAAAUGGUGACAAGCAAUUUGCAGGACCUCAUUUUGCUGCAGUCAAUCAAAAUAAUGAAAUAAUCGUGACGGACUUUCAUAAUCAUUCUGUUAAGGUGUUUAGUCCAGAGGGGGAGUUUCUACUGAAGUUUGGGUCAAACGGGGAAGGAAAUGGGCAGUUCAAUGCACCCACUGGUGUUGCUGUGGAUGUCAAUGGGAAUAUCAUAGUGGCUGAUUGGGGCAACAGCCGAAUACAGGUGUUUGACAGCAGUGGAUCCUUCCUUUCCUAUAUCAAUACAUCGGCAGACCCUCUGUAUGGCCCGCAGGGACUGGCUCUCACAUCUGAUGGCCACGUUGUCGUGGCAGACUCUGGAAAUCACUGUUUUAAAGUUUAUCGCUAUCUUCAGUAGCACUCUCCUAUCCACAAAAGGAUAUUUGCACUCAUUCUUUAAAGCUGCCACUUUUGUGCCAAAUGGGACACUCGCAGAACACAGUUGUUUAUUUGUGGCCUCAUUCAUGGCUUUUUCAUUUUUUUACUUAUACAUUUGCAAAACUAGACAAUCCUACACUAAUUGCUAUCUUUGGUUUUGCAGUUAAGGAUUUUUAUAUAUAAAGCUGUGUUAAGUUAUGCUAUGGUAGAAAUGCAUACACAUGCACACAAGUACAAAUACCAACACCCCAAAAUAUCAAACUUUUGUCAUCUACGUUGGGACAGAAUAUUUCUUAGUUUAAAAUAGCACCAUCAGGAUUAUUUAAUAUGCCAUUUUAUAUGCUCUUCUGACUGUACUGAUCACUGUGAUGCACACAAUUGCGUUUGAUAUAAUCUGUGUAUGGAUCCAUUGUCAUGCAUGAAUGUCUGUCUAAUGACUUUAACUAACACACAAUAUGCAAGGAACAAAGCACUUGAUACGCAGGCAGAAUUCUACAGAAAACAGCUUAUCUGUGUGUUCUUUACUAUUGCUGCACAAUUUUUUUUUUAACUGUGAUUGUAUUUAUUGAAGAAAGUAAAUUUUUGAUCUCAACCAGGGGCCCGUUUCAGAAAGGAGGUUUAGUGAAAAAAAGUGAGAAGUAUAUUAAGCCUGCUAUGAGGGAAACUCUGGGUUUUCUGUUUCAGAAUGUGAGGUAUGUCAAACCCAUUGGGGUUUGUACUUCAUUGGGAUGUACUUUGAUUUCAGGAGAGCAAUUUAGGGCUGAGUGGAAUUUUGUAAUUUUCCUGUGCAUUUUUAUUAAAACUGUACCGUUUUUCUCUACAGUGAAAUUAGAUAUAUCAAAAUAUAUCUCAUCCAUGCUAACAUCAAUAACAUAAGCCAUCUUACGUGUAUUACACCAGAGCAUAAUUUUCUAUGGACAAUGAAAAGUUACUUAAUAAAGUGUAUAAAUAAUGUGCAUGAAUAAAGAAAUUAAUAAAUACAGACAUACAAGCAGAAAUUAAGUGAUAAAGGUAAUAAACAAGUAUUUUCGAUGUGCAGCAACUCCAACUCAAAUCUGCUGAGAGCAGGGUUCAAACUGGUGAUCAAUCUAACUUUGCACAAGAGUCUGUUGACCUACAGCAUGACCUACAUCAUGACGUCUCAGUUGAGUAACUGGAGCACUUAUCGCGAGUGAGAAAAUACAAUUUUUUAUAUUAUUUCUGUCUUAUUUCUGUUGUUUCAUUCAUUUAAUGAUUCAUUUAUUAGUUUAUUGGUACAUUUAUCAAAUUGUUACCUCCUUAUUGAAACGGGCCCCUGGGGAGUUUAUGUGUAUUAUUAAUAGAAAUGACUACCUUAUAACCAAUAAUGUACCACAUGUACAGGGACCCAAAAAUGAAAAUUCUGUCAUCAUUUAUUCAUCCUAAAGUUGUAUUCAUUUCUUUGUACGGAUUAACACAAAAAAAAGGUAUUUGGAAAAAUGUUAGCAACUGACAUUUCUGGGAUCUCAUUGACUACAAUAUUAGAAAAAGAUAUUGUAGCAUUUUUUUUGUUGUUCUGUUGAACACAAAAUUUGAUAUUUUUAGUAAUUUAGGAAAGCAAACAGUUCUAGGGCAGUUUUGACUACCGUUUUAAUUGUUACUACUAUGGUAGUCAGUGGUGUCCCAGAAAUAUCUUUCAUUUUGUUAAACAGAACAAAGAAAUGUAUACAGGUUUGGAACAAUGAUAACAGAUUGUUCAUUUUUGGGAGGGGUAUCCCUUUAAUUCACUUGAUGUCUGUAUGCAGCAAAACCCUUUGUGACACACAAGCUACCAAUGAAAAUGAGUGAAAAGGGAGCUUAAAAGUAAAAAAAAAUAUGGUUGUGAGAACACUUGCAUAAAUCAUUGUUGUUUAUGUAUUUAACAGUGAUUGUUUUGUGUUAUUAACAAACAAAAAUGUGUUUGUGUUUGAUACAUACAGUACUGUCAUGAUUCCAACUCACCUUGUCAGGUAUUUCUUGGUCUAGAGGUGGAAUCAUACAGAAUCCUUUGUUUCAUGUGGGAGAGAGACGAUUUUGACACUUAUUUGCCGCCAUACUCUCUCUCUCUCUAGUCUGCGUCAUUGUUCCCUACCCUCCUGUUUCCUAGUUUGUGUUAAUUAUCUCCCCUAUAAGAGUCCUCAUGUUUCUUUGUCCUGUGUGCGUUCAUUGUAAGUUGUACCAGUACGCUGUUUGCUAUAAGUGUUACCUUGCCCGUGUCUUACCUUGCCUUGUAUGCGUUUUGCUAUUUGGAUGUUCCUUGUUCCUUGUUCCUUGUUCCUUGUUCCUUGUUCCUUGUUCCUUGUUCCUUGUUCCUUGUUCCUUGUUCCUUGUUCCUUGUUCCUUGUUCGUGUUCCCCAGUCUUAGUAAGUGUAGUCCAGUGUUUGUUUCAAGUGUUUGUUUUUGUAGUUUUAGUCAGUGAGUCUCUUUGUUAACUUUAUUAUUUAUCCUGUAUUGUUUUCCCCCUCGUGGGUUUUUGGUUUGCCUGUUUUGUUAGUGUUAUUUGUAUAAUAAACUACCUGUUAACCCCC